GAGUCUUGUACUUACCUGCCUCUUCUGGGAGAUUGUUCUCGAUCGGCGGUGGGUGGUAAAUCAGUACAUAUAGUUCUACGUUUUCUCCUGUCGUUGAGUACAAUCUUUCAGCCAAGUCUCAAGUCAAGUCAAUAAUUCAAAGAUCUCAAUAUGGUUUCCAAGAUUCUCCCAGUCGCCGCUCUCGCAGGUGCAGCCAUAGCUGCUUCCAGUUGCCCACUCUCAGUCCAGAUUGCCGGUGCCACCAACCAUAUUGCUCAAGUCGCCAUUACCAACACAGGUGCUGAGGUUGUUACCGUUUUCAAGGGUAACACCGUCUUAAGUGACCAUGCGACUUUGGAUCUUGUUGCUUCUACAGGUAUGCCGAAAAUUUAGAUACACGUUACUUUUAGAAUUAUGACUAACAAUUUACAGCCGAUAAGGAUCUUGAAUUCAAGGGAACCUACGUUAAUUACAAACGUGCCGGACUUGAUGCUUCAAUGUUCCAGACCAUUCAACCUGGAGAAACAGUCACCGCUUCUGUGAAUGCCGCCAAGACCUACAACCUUGAAGGUCUUGAGACUGUUGACAUCACUGCUGUUCAAGGUUUCAGAUAUGUCACAGGCGAAGUGGCUCCAUCUUUGUUGAGCGAAACCAGUCUUUGUGAGGACGUCACCUCCAACACUGUGGCAAUUAAACCUGACCAGAGCAAGGUUUCAGCGUAAGUAUUAUUACUAGUCAAAGUGAGUGGUACUAGCUAACCUUUUCUCCAAGUGAUCUCAUCUCCAGAGCUGAAUCAUCUACCAUGUCUCGCAUUCAACAACGUGCUAUAACCUUCAGCGGUUGCACCACUGCUCAAAGCACCUCUCUCAAAACCACAGUCGCAGAUGCCAUCACACUCGCCACUAACGCUUACACCGCCGCUGGCACUGGUGCAGAUUACUUCACCACCUGGUUCAUUUCUACCUCUGAGGAAAGCGCCGUUCGAGCCAUCUACACCGAUGUCAAGAACGUUCAAACCACAGCCCCCAAGAUUUCCUGCACGGAUACUUACGGAGAUUGUUCUGACGGAAGCGCAUUACUAUACACAGUUCCCAGUUCCAAUGUCAUCGUUCCUUGCCCCAACAAUGGAUAUUGGGGUUUCCCUGAAUAUUCCGCUACUUGCUCUAAUUUCGAUUAUGAUCGUGCUGGAAGUCUCUUGCAUGAGAUGACUCAUUUGUACGGUACUGAGGAUUGGGCUUAUGGCCCAACUGCUGCUAAGGCUUUGUCGGCUGCUAAGGCUGCUAACAAUGCUGAUACUUAUGAGAUGUAUGCUGGAUCUGUCCGACUUGGUGGAUGCACUGGUUAAAUAUUCUCAAACUUUGAUUGGAGGUCAAAUGUGGAGAACAGUGGCUGGGCUGGAAGCUAUCGGAGAGGGAAGCGAUGCACGAUAUGCAAAGAGGUGGUUUGGGUGAAAAUCCCGACUCUUUCUCUCGUCUUAGCUGUACUUAUUGACAGCAUAAGUAUAGAGGUUAGAAGUUGUUGGCUUUUUAGAGCCUAGAAUAGUAUCCUCCUGGGAGUUUUCCAAUUUCAUGCACUGAUAAAUUAUCAUAUCUUUUUUUACUGCUCUAAUU